AUGUUUAGGCCAGCUCCAGCUCCAGAUGCACUACCACAACAGAAUGGAAUAAAGGGUUACUUUCUGGUACAAUGGUUUAGUUUCGCAACGGUUGGUAUCGAUCCCACCUCUUUGGAAAGAACUACUGUUAAUUAUUAUUUGGCUUGGAUACCAAUGAUGUCACUGCUGGCUCUUUGUUUUCCCAUAGUCAUCUAUGCUAGUCAGUAUAUAAAAGAUUUGGAUCUGGUGACGGAUGCUUUGUCGCCCAUUUGGCAAGCAGCAUUAUCCAUUAUGAAGUUGAUGUACUUUAUGUGGAAUAAGGAUAAAAUUGUGGAAUUGGUGCGUAAAAUAUGGCUGUGGAAUUCAAAAGCCACCGAUGAAGAACUGAAAAUUCUGUCUGAGGAAAAUCGUAUAGACACAAAAUUUUCCAGGAUUUAUUAUAUUUGUGUUUUUACAACUGGUGUUUUGGCUUUGGUUUCCCCACUUGUCAUAUCAUUUUUCUAUCAUCUAAAGGGACAAGGUUUUCGAACGAAUUUAGAACCACCCCUAAAAGCAACUUACUUUUUCGAUACUACAACACAUAUAGGCUACGCCAUUGCAUACAUCUGGGAUCUAGUCGGUAUUUCUUUCGUCAUCAAUGGAAAUCUCGCAAUCGAUUCGCUUUUCUCUUGGUUUAUGCACAACGUAGUAGCACAAUUUCGUAUUCUCAAUUUACACUUCAAAUCGGAUGCCAAUACGGUUCGUCAUCAAGGCGACGAAGAGGAAUUUCGUAAGCUUAUAAUACAUCGUAUAAAACAUCAUCGUCGUGUCAUUGAGUUGGCUCAAAAUUUCAAUGAGGUCUACAUGAUUAUUGUAUUCAUAAAAUUCACCAUUAGUUUCAUACAAAUUGCUUUUCUGGCCUAUCAAUUUGCCAGAGGUCGUGAAAUGUCGGCACAAUUGUUUCAUUUCUUCUUUCUGAUAUCGGUAGCCAUGCAGCUGAUAUUGUACUGUUAUGGUGGACAAAGGAUUAAGGAUGAGAGCGCUUUGGUCGCAGUUGGCAUCUAUGACUAUUUCAAAUGGCAUGACUUGAGCAUACAAUCUAAGAAAUUAUUACUUUUGCCUAUGAUGAGAGCCCAAAAACCAUGUAUUUUGUCUGGUGUAUUUUUUGAGGCCGACUUGAGUUUAUUUUUAUGGGUUUUUAAAACUGCUGGCUCGUUUAUUACUAUGCUUUUAACCCUCGAGGAAAAGGAAACUACAUAG